AUGGUUUUUCCUGUUCCCACCCAGCUGACCCCCUACACCCAGCCCAAGCGCUUUCCUUCCGCCCACAUCUUUGCCUUCCAAAAUUCUUUCUGGUUUGUCUCAGUUUUCACUGUUUCUAUACGUUUCAAACGGCUUCUUUUUUUCUCUCUCUUUUUCUUUCUUUUUUUCCUCCUCUUUCGUUGGCAGUUUUUUUUUUCUUUGGGAUUAACAUUUCAUUCGCUUUGUUUUUUUGUUUUUGUUUUUUCUUUUGCAGGAUUUCUUUCUCUUUCUUUUCUUUCUUUAGAACUUCUUUUCUUGGACUCGUCCAAAAUUAUUCUUUCUUUUCUUUCUUUCUUUAUUUCGUCCUUCCUUUCCUUCUUUCCUACCCUUCUACCUUUCUUUCUUCCUAAGUCUUACUUUACCUACUGUCUUUAUUUAUUUUUCUUUCCUUCCUUCCUUUCUUCCUUCCUUCCUUCCUUCCUUCCUUCCUUCCAGACUUUCUUCCUUAAACCUUGUCAUACCUACUGUCUUUAUUUAUUUUUCCUUCCUUCCUUCCUUCCUUCCUUCCUUCCUUCCUUCCUUCCUUCCUUCCAGACUUUCUUCCUUAAACCUUGUCAUACCUACUGUCUUUAUUUAUUUUUCCUUCCUUCCUUCCUUCCUUCCUUCCUUCCUUCCUCCAGACUUUCUUCCUUAAACCUUACUUUCUUCCUUAAACCUUGUCAUACCUACUGUCUUUAUUUACUUUUCCUUCCUUCCUUCCUUCCUUCCUUCCUUCCUUCCUUCCUUCCUUCCAGACUUUCUUCCUUAAACCUUACUUUCUUCCUUAAACCUUGUCAUACCAACUGUCUUUAUUUAUUUUUUCUUCAUUCCUUCCUUCCUUCCUUCCUUCCUUCCUUCCUUCCUUCCAGACUUUCUUCCUUAAACCUUGUCAUACCUACUGUCUUUAUUUAUUUUUCCUUCCUUCCUUCCUUCCUUCCUUCCACUUUCUUCCUUAAACCUUGUCAUACCAACUGUCUUUAUUUCUUUUACCUUCUUUCCUUCCAUUCUUUCUUUCUUUCUUUCUUUCUUUCUUUCUUUCUUUCUUCCUCUCUUUUCGUAUAUCCUUACUUAGAUAUUUCACUUGUUUUCGACCAAAAUCGUUCUUUGUUUUCGUUCUUUCUUUCUCUCUUUCUUUCAUUCGUCCUUGUUUCUUUCUUUCUUCCUUUCCUAUGUAAACUUCCUAUUUCUUUCUUUCUUAUCAAAGCUUUCUUUUUCUUUCUUUCUUUUUUCUUUCAUACCUUCUUUCUUUUUUUUUCUUUCCUUCUCUUUUCGUAUAUAUUUACUUUUAUUUCUUUAGAUCUUUCUUUUGUUGCCUUCAAACAGAAUCAUUGUUUUUUUUCUUCCAUUUUCUUUCUUUCACUUUUCUUUCUUUGUUCUUUACUUUCUUCCUCUCUUAUGUCAAAUUCUUUCUAUCUUUUUUUUUCUAAACCUUGCUUUACCUACAUACAUUUUUCUUUUUUCAUUCUUUCGUUUAUCACAAGGUUACUUCCUUCUUUUCUAUUGCUACCUUCAAUCAGAAUCGUUUUUAUCCUUCUUCCUUUUUCUUUCUUUAUUUCUUUCUUUCUUUCUGUAUAUCUUUUUUUCUUUCAUUCUUUCUUUCUUAUCAAAAGUUUCUUUUUCGUCCUUUCUUAUUUCUUUCUUUUUUCCUUUAUAAAUAUGUUUUUUUUCUUUCUAUAUCCUUUUUCUGUCUCUUUCCUUCUCUCUCUAUCGUACGCACACACGCAUAUGUUAAAGGGAUGCGAAAAGGCUCACCUCAAGUUAAUUUUGGAAAUGUUCUUAUUCAUCCUCAUCCUCCUACUCCUCUUCUUCUUCUUCCUCCUUAUCUUCUUCUUCUCCUUCUUCGCCUCUUCUUCUUCCUCUUCCUCCUCCUUCUCCUUCUCUCCUUCUUCUUCUUCCUUCUGUGCUUCUUCUUUUUUCCCCUUUCUUCUUCCUCCUCCUACUUCUUCCUCCUUCUGUUUCUCCUCAUUCUUCUUCCUCUUCUUCCUCCUCUGGUUCUUAUUCUUCUUCCACUUCCUCUUCUUUUUCCUCCUUCUCCUCCUCUUCUUCCUCCUCCUCCUCCUCCUCUUCUUCUUCUUCUUCUUCUUCUUCUUCUUCCUCCUCUGCUUCUUCUUUUUUCUCCUCUUCUUCCACUUCCUCUUUUUCCUCUUUCUCCUCCUCUUCUUCCUCCUCCUCCUCCUCUUCUUCUUCUUCUUCCUCUGCUUCUUCUUUUUUCUUCUUCCUCCUCCUACUUCUUCCUCCUUCUCUUUCUCCUCAUUCUUCUUCCUCUUCUUCUUUCUCUGGUUUUAUUCCUCUUCCACUUCCUCUUCUUUUUCCUCCUUCUCCUCCUCUUCUUCCUCCUUCUUGUCCUCAUCUUCUUCUUCUUCCUCCUCCUUCCCUUCUUCUGUUACUGCUCAUAACAUUACACUUCUUGCCCACACUUUCUUGUUUGAUGGGCAUGGAACAAAACUACGGAAAAAGACGCCAGCUGGUUUUCCCGACCUCAGCGGGAGACGUAGAAUCCGCCCCCGCGAUGUCACACCAUCGGCAAGGCGUACGCAAACACAACAACAGCCAUUAGAUAUUUACAAUCCUUUCUAG